UUUGUAGUAGUUUGCAUGUUUUUAUGGUGUGAUGGCUUGAUGUAGCUUAAUGUGUAUUUCCCACGUAGCGACAGCCUCCUUAGCUUGACACGACGGUGGACAAGCGUGGAGUAGCGGGGUUAGAAACUCAACAGCCCUCGGAACCACUUGCCUACUGAAAACCGGCGUGAGCGAUGGCCCAAACCAGGGGAAAUCUUUCUACGUGUGCGCAGCUCGCCGCCUUGCGGUUUCACUCAUCCUGCAGACAUUCCUCCCUCUCACUGUUUGCACCAACUCCAGGCUCUGAUUAAGUCAGUCGACAAAUCCCAGCGCUACAGGCUGUACUUUCGUUGUGUGCUGGGUAAGAAGGAGGGGCAGAAGUGGUGUGGGAGUGUUCCCUGGGAUUCUAACGACCCAGAGAAAAGAAGCCCUCUGAUGGACAAACACCUGCAGCCCUCCAGCCUCCCCCCUGUGAGGAACCCCUUCAAAGCCCCCAGCAAAACAGACGAUAGCUCCGAGUGGAAGAGGCUGCACGAGACGGAGAGAAAAGAGGGGGACGGAAAGAGCCAAGAGCAGGAGAACGGAGUCGGUGAGAAGAAGAAAGAUGGAGAACGCCACGGCAACAGGGGAGAAGGGGAUGGAGGUGGAACAGAGGAAUCCGGAGGGGUGGUGGAGAAGGAGAGGCCUAGCAGCGCAGAGUCCUGGAGGGGGAGAGCACUGCCUGCAGGGAUGAAGAUAAAGAAGAGAGUGUCUGGAGAGAAGGAAGAGAAAAAGAGGAAUGGCAGCACCAGAACCACAGAAGAAGAAGCAGAAGCAGGACGUCAGGAGAGAAGUGAAACAGACCCCUCUAAAAGCAAAAGCUCUUCAGAAGGGAAGGAGUCUGGCAGAGCACUCAGUCCCAGCCCCAAAUCUGAUUAUGAGCAGACCACAGAAGAUCCGUCGCCUGGCGUAGUGUCACCUCUCCAAUCUGGCACACGCAAAGACGGAGAUAAGAAACGGCAUUCUGGGAAAUCUCGUGCCAGCGACUCAGACGGUAAAACCAGGACACGCGUCGCCUCUGACCCGACUGCGGAAGCACCUAGACGUCAUGACUCAGCCAGCGGCAGAAGCAGCAGCAGCAGCAGCUCUGGAGUAGAAAAGACUCAGAAGACCCAGAAGACUCAGAAGACCCAGAAGCCCUCCAGCACCAGUGCAAGCCACGCUCAGGGGAAGCACCGACCAAUCAACACCCCCAGGCAUCUCCACGGGACCAGCCUCAGAGGAGGAGCCCAAUACAGCUGA